CCUGAGACAAGCGAAGCUCACUCGAAUUCUCACUACCAAGACGUCUUGGAUUUCCAAAUAUCCGUCUGCUCCAACGCCGUCCACACAACGGUUCAGGGCUUUAAGCACAUCGCUGGGAUUCAGACACAGCAGUUACAGCGAGCUACAAGCAUAAGGAACAGUGGAACCCUACGUCAUCCAGCUCAUCCCGGUGGUGUAAUCAGACGGUCUGUCACGGCCUCAACAACACGAUCUCCAGUUCCGAUCCCAAAAUUCAUCAAUAUUCACGCCGACUCACGAUCCGGUCUCAACACUCACAAACACCCAGAACCCAUCAACGACAAUAAUGACCACAUCAACCACCAGCCCACCCGACCCUACCACAUCGACAUCAACGGCGUCAACAUCAACAUCAACAUCACCAUCACCAACAAUCCCCACCCGCCUCCUCCUCCUCUCCGACACUCACAUCCGCUCCCGCUCCAAGAACCCCCUCCCGUUCCCCAUUCCCUCCACCCCCGUCGACAUCGUCAUCCACGCAGGCGACAUCACCGACUCCUCCACCCUUUCCGAAUUCCGUCUCUGUCUCUCCUACCUCCGCCAACUCAACGCCCCCUUGAAGUUGAUCAUAGCCGGUAACCACGACUACACUCUCGACCUUCCCGCUUCCACCCAAUUCAUCCCUUCCCAAUCCCACUCCCAAAAAAGGAAAAACGACCUAGGCCACCCAGGAGAAGCCCACCACCUCCUCUCCUCUUUCCAAAGCGAAGGGAUCUACUACCUCCAAGAAGGAACCCACACCUUCACCCUAUCCAACAACGCCAAGUUAACCGUCUACGCAUCCCCCGCCACCCCCGCCUUCGGCAGCCAAGGAUUCCAGUACACUCAACAAGAAGGCCACGUGUUUGAUAUCCCUCCAAAAGCCGAUAUCGUCAUCAGCCAUGGCCCGCCCAGGGGAGUAUUGGACGUGAGUCGCUUAACGAGGGCCUCAUGCGGGAGCGUCGAACUGUGGGAGGCUGUCAAGAGAACGAAACCAAAGUUGCAUGUGUUUGGACAUAUCCAUGAGGCGUGGGGGGCGGCGGUUGUCAAGUGGAAAUCUGACUGCAAGAAUGGGAACGAGGAGGUGGAAUGUGCCAAAGUGUUGGCAGAUCGGAGAGGGGUAGAAGAGGGGUGGAAGGAUUCGAAAGAGGAGAGGAAGCGGAAGGAGGAAAAAGUAGACAAGAUUGUCAGGGAUGGGUAUUACCAUUUGAAGUAUGAUGGGGACGAGGAUACAGAGCAAACCUUGUUUGUAAAUGCGGCGGUAAUGUAUGCUCCGGGGUACGUGCCUUGGUUGGUGGAUGUUGAGCUUCCGAGGAGUGAUGGGGAUGGGAAUGAGAAAAGUACAAUGGCCGAUGAAAGGAAUGGGGAGACAAAUACGCGGCCACGAGAGUGUUUGUCUACCAGCCUUCAACACUUGGAGCUCUGAUGAGCCUUGUUAUUACGAGUAAUCAACGAGCGCCAUAGAGUCAGAUCUGGAUACAUAGACAUUGUCGUUUACUUUGUUCCAAGAGAGUUUGUCAACAUCAUGGUCCUAGCAACAGUUCUUUGGACGAGUUUCAUCUCCAACUGGAGAUUCGAGUGUAAGAGGUGCCAAAGCCCGGGGGGAAUAGAGUUGGUGCAGCGGGAGAGAAAACAGAAGCGAAGCUGACAAAGCACUGAUUGGAGACGCUCAUCUGCAGAGGUCAUUUCUCCAUGAUUGGCAGGAAGGACCGGACUUGGGGGAGGAGUUGAGGAGGAGCAGGUUGUGACUAGCGCGACGAAAGAACGACGGAAGCACCCC